AAAUAUUUUUUUUUAAUUUAUUUAUUAAAUAUAUAUUAAAAUUAUCUAACGGUAAAUAAGUUUUUAUAAUAGCUCUGCCUCAAAGGCUCUACCGUCAACAAUACGCCAAACGUUUAUAUCUUCGACACUCAUUUCCCCCGCGCCCCAACUCUUGAAAACCUCCCGGUCCAAUGGCUCCCAAGAGGCGAGUUGUCAGAACCGUCCGCAAAUCUACCGCCAAAUCCAAAACCCCCGCCUCCAAAUCCGCCGCCGCCGCAGCCAAAACUCCCGCCUCCCAAUCCACCCCUUCCGUCACCCCUCCGCGGCCGGCCGACUCGGCCACCCCCAUCUCUCCGGCCGCCACUGAAAGCCCAUCAGGCUACUCUGGAAGAACGGCUGCCGCCGAAACCCCUGCGGCGGACCCCGCCUCCGCGCCGGAGAAUGUCACUCCGAAGGCCUCUGAACCUGGCUCCUCCGCGCCGGAGAAUGUCACUCCGAAGACCUCUGAACCUGUGGCAUCGGAAACCGUAAAGGUGGUGAAGAAGAAUAUCAUCAAGAAAAGAGUUCCAACAAAGGCUUCAUCUGCGGCGAAAGAGGAGGAGAAAGCCCAAGAAGCAGCAGUAGAUUUAGUGGCGGCGGCAGCAGCAGAAAUAGAUUUACCGGUGUCAGCAGCGGAAGAAACCCCUGCCCAGCAGUCUGAGCCCAAAAAGGCUGGUGCUGAUGAGGCUGUUAGCGUGGAUCAUGCUCAGCAAGAGGAUGCAAUGGAGACAGAGAAUCCUGAUUCUAGAGAGGAGAACAAGGAUGUUUUAGUAGAACAGCACAAGGGAGAGGCAGUGGAGGCGGCAACAAGGGCAGCUCCUGGGGAUGACGAGGUGGGGAUAUCAGAGCGGCAAAGGCGGAGGAAGACAGAGAUCUUCAUUGGAGGGCUUGAUAGGGAUGCGAAGGAAGAAGAAGACAUAAGUGGGGUGUUUGGGAAGGUUGGAGAGAUUGUGGAGGUCCGGAUGAUGAUGGAUGGGCAAACGGGGAAGAACAAAGGGUAUUGUUUCUUGAGGUACAAGGAGGCAGCUCAGGCAAUGAAGGCUGUUGCAGAGUUUGCUAAAGUGGAGGCCCUGCUGUACAAGACUAUCCACAUGUGUUACCUGGACGAAAGCAUGCUUUUACUGCAAUGGGCGAUGAUGCACUGGAAUCUGAUUUGAGAGGGUAUCCUCAUGCUCAUCUUGACAGUUCUUUUCCAAUUGCCAGCUCAAGCUAUGGCGCACUGUCCUAUGGCAUAGCUGGAUCUUCUCUCACAUACUAUCAGCACCCUGGGGCUGGAUACACCAGGAGUUCUCUUUAUGGUGCUGCAGAUUAUCCAAACACCCAUCAGAUGAAGCAAGGAGCUCCUCCAAAUGGAAGCAGCCUGUAUUUCGGCUGUAAGUUUUAGUUUCACAGUAAUGACCCAUUUGGAUUAGUGUAUGGCUCUUCAUUGAUGUUCAUAAAUAUUUCCUGGAUCCUCAUCGCACUCAUGUUAUUUUACUUUCAUCUGCAGAUUGAUUGAAAUACUGGAAUAUAUAUAUAUAUGUGUGUGUGUGUGUGUGUGUGUGUGUUUUCUCCAUGCAACCUUACAGCCAUCAGUCGUGGGUACCCCAGUACGGUGCUCCUCAGCACUAAACAUAUAUAUUUAAUUUUGCUGAUAGAAUGUGAAGUUUCUGGCACAAGCUUUGAUCAGCUUAGCCAUUUCUCUCUAAAGCUUUUAGGUUGUAUCUAGUAAAGCGAUCAAAAUCACUCUAUUUCAUUAGCACCUGGAUUUUAGUGCACCAGUGAAAUUUCUUCACUUUCUUUUGUUCCUUAUCUUGAUAGGCUAUGUUAACCACGCUGAGUUUCGCACAUGUUUCAUGUUCUCUGUACUUGUGAUGAUUCUUGCAUAGGCAAUGCAGUGAAGAAUUACACACUAGUAGGUCAAGACCUGGUAUGCUGACUUGUACAAUAUAAUGUCUUAAAGCAAAUAGCAGUUGGUUAUGUUUGAAUAGUUACUACCAAGCUGAUUGGUUUGAAUGCCUGAUAAUAAAAGAUUUGUAUGGAAUGGAUGGUAUUUUUGGCCUGAAGAUUUGUAGCACUUCUUAAGCUAACACCCAAGUGCAAGAUAUUAGAAUAGAUUGCUGUUCUUGAAACUUGUUUGAGGAGAAAAUAUCCAAUAAUUCCUUUUUAUACUUUUUUUUUUUAUGGAAUGAUACUUUAUCAGGUGUGUGAAACCAAGCACAAAAGGGUUCCAUGGUCUCUGCCUGUGACUGAAGCAGGAUACAGGUAUCUGGUUAAUGGGAAAUUUACACAUGAUUUCUUGUAGCAGGACAUGGUUACAAAUACAGAAGCUUGUCAGGGUUAAUUGCUGAAGGUGUAUGCUUUUUGUGACAGUUAAGCAUGAUUUGAUUACAGGGCAAUAUUCUCUGUCCCCUGUUCUGUUGUCCAUGUCCGUGAAGGUAAAAUCGCUUAGGAUGCGAUGAUGAUUUCCUUGGGAUAUCAGUGCACGGGAAACUUUGAUGUGAACGACUGUUUGAGAACUUUAAUUUGGCUUUGGUAAAGGAGGCAACUUAGGAAGAAAAACUGGGACAAAGCUGAACCCCCCUCUCCAUGAGAAACAUGAUGCAUGCUUCUUUUUUUUUGUUUUUGGUUACACCGGCUGCUCCAACAGAAUCAAGAGGCAACAAAUGACAAAGCAAAUGAGGGAAGAUCCUCAGGUGUGUCCAGAGAAUCUCGCCAGAAUGCUGUGCAGUAAAGGAUGCGACUCAGUCUGCGAUCUUCUUCAUCUCAUGGUAUACAUGUGCAAUUUAGAAGGCCCAGCCAUCCGCCAUCCUCCAGAUGUCACACAACAUGGCUAUAAAUUUGACGAAAAUACUCAUGAAAGCCCUUCAGCGAAGUUGGGCAGGCUUGUCCCACCACGUUAUGCAAGGUUCCACUGUUAAAGGCCAUCCUCUCGGUUUUUGUUUGUGAGGAAAAUAAAGUAUAUAUAUAAAAAAAAAACAACACUAUGUCAAGAUACUGUGAGAGUGCAACUAUUAGUUUCACAGCAACAAUUUAAAUUUUAGGUGGUUGAUAAAUAAUGCAAUUCUUGUAUAUGCUACAUUGUGAGGCUUAGCCUCAGCCGUGGGUACACAUCUUUCUCAAGAAAAAGGAUAACAGAUUCAUUACACUAAUACACAAUCAUUUGUUCAUACUUUAUGCAAACCCAAAUAGCUAUCCACAAAGAGUAUAUGUACAAUGAACAAAAUUAGAAAAAAGAAGAAGAAAUAGAUAGAAGAAAUUUCAGAAGUGAUGAGCUGUAUAGGAAACAAUUCAGGCUUUUACAAUCCAGUUAAAGCCUGGUCAACUAAAAGCUUAUUUGGUGGUUGCAUCAUUUACUCAUAACCCAAGUCUUGUCUUGCGCAUCCUAAGCUAACCCCGCACCCUGGGCUGAUCUCCAUCACUCAAACAGCAGGAGAUUUCGAUUUCCUAUAGUAUUUUUAUGUGCACAAGAUUUCUCUACAGUUAAAUAAAAAAAUAAAUAUAUGUAAUUUGAUGUUGUUGCUGUUAUCCAUUGCAAAGCCAUGGGCCCUACCAUUUCAUCAUUGUUACCCCCCGGUAUGUCUAAUCCCUUUCAGUCUUUUUUUUUUUUUUCUAAGGUACAUCCGUGGUGAUGAAACCAAUUUAAAGGCAGUUUUUUCAAUAUAAAAUUAUAUAGGAUAAAAUUAGUAAAAAUAAAGAAGAUGACGGGUUUUAGCGAUUUAUGCAACGAUGGAUAGUUAAAAGCAAAACAAAAUAAAGAAAAAAGAAAUUCUCUUUUUUAUUUUUAUUUAUUUAUUUAUUUAAAGUUGUUCUAUACCAGCCUAUCUCCGAAGCAUACCAGCACGCCGUUUUCCCGUUCUAUUGCGGUCCCGUUCCAGAAUUAAGCGUCAGGAUUGGCCCCGAACCGCCUCUCCUCUCUGCCAAUCCCCCCCAGGAUGAGAGGAAUUCUCUUUGAUCACAAGAUCUGAAGGCCUUGGGUUUAUUCUAAUGCACGCAUCUGGUUUUCUACAGGGUUAGGCUAACAGUAGAUUAUAAGCAUGAGGUUCAAAGAGGGGAACAAGUUGGAGGUCAUGAGAAGGAAUCAGGAUCAUUAUGGCUCCUGGUUUCCUGCUAAAAUUUUGUCAAUACAUGGAGAUAAAUACUGUGUUAGAUUUGAGCUACUUCUGACAGCCAAAGGAAAGCCUGUGGUAGAAAGGAUACGCGAGGAAGAUGUUAGGCCCUGUCCACCUCUUGUGCAUGGAAAAGAGCGAUGGAAUGUUGGUGACAUAGCUGAAGUGUUUGACCUCCAUUCUUGGAGGGUUGGGAAGGUUGCAAAAGUUCUGAACAACAAUCAUGUCGUCAUUAGACUCUUUGGCUCUAUCCAGCUUAGAGAAUUUCAUGUCUCCAGUCUACGGGUUCGACAAGCUUGGCAAAACAAUCAAUGGGUUGUGAUUGGAAAGGUCAGUGGAAAGAAGCAAGUCACCAGUGGCUGCAACCAUUCUAACCCCAAAUAUACCAUAGGCUUAGGUUGUGAAGCACAUGGAGGCAUAUGGGAAGAAGCUUGCACCGGACAGAGAUAUGAUGGAGAUCAUUUUCGCUCAUUUUCUCCUGCAAGAACUGCAAAGAAGAAUCUGAGUUCUCACCAUACGAUAUUACCAGAUCUUGUGGUUCAAGGUACAGGAAAGAAAAGGAAAGCAAACCCAAAAGUGGAUGGAUCUCAUCAGCUAGCAAAGCGAGCUCUGCCUAGAAAGGUAGAUGCUAUUCCUUUAUCAAAAGAUAUGAUGGGCGGGAAUUGCCAGCAUAUAUCCAAUAAAGACAGAACAAUUAAAUUUUCUAAGAUGGGUGUUCAGAAGGGGACAAACAAACAUGCUAUGCAUUCAUCUUCCAUACCAUUGCAAAUUACUAAAGAGAAUAAUGAGUGCUCCAUUGCUAGUUGUAGUGGUAACAACUUGCCAGAAUAUAUUAAUGAGAAUACCAGAAAAAAUGCUAUAGAAAUUCCCGAUAGUUUGUUUGAUGAUGCCAUGUCUUCAUGUCCAUCCAAAACUGGGAAAAAGAACCACCCUGUUUCUGAAGAUGAAUUAGCUGCAAGCAUCCAUGAAUUAGAGCUGCAUGCAUAUCAAUCUACGGUGCAGGCUUUUUAUGCUUCGGGUCCUUUAAGUUGGGAGCAGGAAUCACUUUUAACAAAUCUUCGUCUAUCUCUUCAUAUUUCAAAUGAAGAACAUUUACAUCAGUUGAGGCACCUGUUGUCUGCUUAAAUUUUUUGAUUCCAGCGUAAUGAUCCUUAUCUUUCAACAAGGUCAGGAAUUUUAGAAAUUUCUCUAACCUCUUUGAGGAUCAUUUCCGAAUGUACUUUGUAAAUUGUUCUGCUUUGUAGUUAAUGUAAGAUUGGUUAUAAUGGUUAGAAAUUUUGUGAACUAGGAACUUCCCAGACUGUAUCGUUGUUAGCCUUUUGACAUCAUGUAUGUAAUUGCUGCCAAAGUAAUUAAACUGCUUCUUGCAAUCUUUCAGAACUCUGUGCUUCUACUUGAA